AUGAGUCAGAAUGCCCCUCCCAUGAUGGGAGCGCCACAUGUAUUCACAGAGCUACCAUUGCUGAACCAGGACAAGCCUUCAGGCAGAUGUCUGCAAUUUACAGACUUGUCUGUCAACGAUUCUGGCGAGUCUUACGCGAAGGCAUUCCAGAUCGAAUCACUUGCGAAUCUGAAGGAACAAGAGGCCUUGCUCAUGAUUGAUCUGUUGUAUCUAAUGAGAGGGUCUGAAGGAUCAUAUGUUCGAUAUGUGAGUACCUUCACCCACGACGACUUGAAUCGAAGAAUCCUUGGGCCCCAGUACAAGACCGGUAAGGUUCUGUAUAUAUCGCACAAAGAGAUCUGCAAAAGAAUUCUGAAAAACGCAACUGUCUACUAUGCUCUUUCUGCCUUCGUUGAAUUCUACGACUCAGUGGAGUAUGGAAAGACUAUCCAGGCUCUGUGCUUCCAGAUCAAACAAUGUCUCCAGGUGUAUGAUGACUUGUUGAAGAAGAUAGAGUUUGAAUGUGCCUCCAAUAGAAAAUACAACUUGCAGGCCAUGGAGCAUGAUUUCAAAGUGAGCAUAUCCAGCGAGAUUGAUGCCAUGUACAGGAUUACCACGCAAAUCCACGAAGGGAACAUUCACAGAUCCAGCAUUGCAGUGAGAAGAGGCAUGCAAUAUGAUAAUAUGAGGAAUACACUUUCGGAUAUUCCCUUAUUUGCCAUUUCAGAUACUUCCUGCAACAAGUACGUGAACGGAGGUGUGGUGUUGGGGAUGAUUUACGAGCUGAUCGAGUUGAAUAAGUCCGACACGCGAAUCAGGUCUUUUUUGACGAAUGUGUACGAGGAAGUAUCAAAACCUAUGGUGCAGAUGCUUAAUCAGUGGUUAAACCUGGGCCAGGUGGACGACCCCGAAGACGAGUUUAUCAUCACACAGAAUGAGGAGUUGCCGUGGAGCUCGGCUAGUGAGUUCUACUGGAAGAACAGAUUCACUUUCAAGACGGAGUCUUUGCCCGUCCAAUUUGCGGAUUCCAACUUGCAGCAUCAAGUAAUAGAUACCGGGUUGUACUUAAAUGUCCUACGAGCAUGGGGUGUCGACCCAAGCGAUCUGGUUGGCAGAGUCAAUGUGGAGUCCUUGCUAGAGGACUCGAUAUCGUUCAAAAUAGAGGACGCUUUUAAAAGGGCAAGUUCCAUGAUGUUGAUCCUCCUGUUUGACGAGAACAGUGCGAGUCUCAAGGUGAUACUGAAACAACUUGUGAAGCACCUGUUGGUAGUGGAUUCUGACUUCUUGAACCAAGUAUUCAGCAAGACGAUGCCACAGCUUAUGAAAUCACGCUCCAAGUUCAGUAUAACAUCUUUCCAGAACAACUUCAACAUGGUGUCUUCAAAAGAGACAAUUGGCGGGUUCAAACUAAACGAGUUCAUCUUUCCUGUUCUGAGAGAGCAAACUUUCGCAAGUUCUCUCCGCAACAUUCUGAACUCGAAGGCCAACGAUUGGAAGAAGAUUUUCGAGGAUGGAGAUCUCUCCAAAGUGAACUACAUGGUUCAGUCUAUGUCCAGCAAAGAGCUUGUCAAUCCUACGCUUAAUGACAAAUCCAGAUCGAUCGAGUUCUUGGAUUUAGAGGUGGAAAUACCGUUUCCCAUGAACAUUUUUGUUUCCAAGGUCCAUGUUUCUGAGUGCCAACUCCUGUUUCGUCAUUACUCGUACCUUCACUUUGUGGAGCAGUCCCAGCUGAUAGCGUUUGGAGAGAUCAGCAAGCACGCGAACUGGAAAUGGAGAUUCAGAAAUCCAAGCAUACGGCAGUGGAUAAGCGAUGUGCGGCAGCUUCACUGUAGAAUGAGACAGGUGGUGAGCGUGUUUGGCCAGCACUUCAGCAAUUACGUGGUGCUGUACCACUGGCAAGCGCUAGAAGCCAGAUUAAAAGAGGAAACAAACGUGGAUGAUUUGCAGAACUCCAUAAAGACGUUCUUUGGUCAAGUGAUGCAAUAUUCGUUCUUGACUAACAUGACUCUGUUUGACGAGUACACUCAGUUAAUGGAAACGAUAUUGGAAUACGACAAGUUUUUGCUUUCUCUGAGGAAAACACUAGUGACACUAGACUCUGAUCUAUUCGAGCAGAAUAGAGAAGCGAUGAAGCAGGGACAGGAGUUCGACCCGCAAAAGGCAAGCAAGAGAUUCGAGAAGGCAAAAACGUAUCUGGCACUAAUAGAGGCUGCGUUUCAGCACAAUCUCACCCAGUUCAACAAACGGUUGGAAUACUACGGAAAUAAAGGGACGCAGUCGUUUUUGGUGUUGAAUGAGGUCCUGUCAGACGUUUAUCACAGAGAGGAUGAUUUCUACUGA